AUGAAAAUCGCUCGUUGGCUCUUGAGAAAAGGCACCGAACACACCGGUCUGGUAUUAGGGAACGAUGCAUCUGGAAAGACAACGUUCCUAUACAAACUAUUACUGGGAGAGAUUGUCCAGACUAUCCCGACUAUAGGUUUCAAUGUCGAGACAUUGGAAUGUGUAGAUGGAGACAAAAUCACACUCUGGGAUAUUGGAGGAUGCGACAUGAUUCGACCUCUUACUCGACAUUACAUGCUCAAAGAUCGCUUUGUCAUUUUUAUCCAAAGCUGCGAAGACUUGCAUCCUGAUCGAAUUGAGUUUUCCAUGGAGUAUCUACGCAUGGCGAUGGAGAUGAUGGAGAGCUUUGAAGCCAAGAACUUGUUUAUUCUGUUCAACAAGCAGGAUCUUCUCUCGCCUGAGGAUGCAGCAAAUGCCGUCAGAGACCUCAAGUCUCAGAUCGAGAAAGAGAUAAAACCUUACAAGAACAAGCUCGAUAUUAGGAUACUGAACUAUCCCGGUCUGAGCGCGUUGAACGGCACACAUUUACACGCCGCCAUGGAAGAGAUCAGAAUGGCUCUGAAACCUGCAAAACCAACCCCGAACGUCAAAGCUGAGAUUGAACAAAAGGUCAAAGGUCCUAGCGAGGAUGAACUCAUCAAUCGAAUCAGGCAAGAAAACGCUACAAGCGUCGACGCGCAAACGUUUUGGAAGCGGUUCCUGGACGGUAGUCUUGAGUCGUGGGAUCACUACACCCAUCUCCGAGCAGGCUUCUUUGUUCUUCGCGAUUGCUUCGCUAGAGGAGUAGGUCUUUUGGAAUGCGCUGAUGAGUUUAUGACGCAUUUGAAUCGAUUGAGGGAGGGUAAUCCUGAGAGGUUUCGCAAUACUGCACAUAGGACAAUGACUAUUUUCUGGCUGCACCAGAUUCAGGUCGCUGCUAUUGAGUAUCAAGCAAACAACUCACCAGGCAAAUUCCCCGAGCAGGAAGAAUACGCCGACAUACUCUUUUCAGCACCUCAUCUUAUGAACUCUGGUUUGUGGAGGGUGUACUACACCAAAGACUCUCUCUUUACACCCGAAGCUAAGCAGGAUUGGCAUCUCCCUGAUAUCCAACCUCUACCUACGAUCAGUCAAGCCACUUCUCGACCGCCUCAGAAAACAUCCGGUAACGAUGCCGAUCGACUCCCCCGAUUUGCCUUUUCCGUCGUCCAAAAGACACUAUCAUCUCAACUCCGACGCGGGGGAAUCGUCAAGCAAGCCCUUGAAGCUCUACAGUCCUCUACCAUGCGUCUCCGCGCUACGGACUCUUCGAUCCCUCCAUACUCCGAGACACAGGCGUAUUUCUGGAUUCAGAUCAUCCACGCCUAUCUUGGGUCUUUACAAGCUCAAACCAGUGGAAGUCUAACCUUUGAAGCCUUCAAAUCUCUAUUUGAAGUAACAGGCGAUGAGUGGCGUCAGUACUAUUCACAGUCUGCAUGGGAGAGUAUCUCAGCGCGAAUGAGUUUCGUGAAUCCUGAUAAGAAAACUUUACCGAAUAUCUUUGGUGUGCCUUCGCAGGCUCGGAUGGAUAUGGCUCGUACACAAAUGGUCAACGCGAUAAGUCAUCGCUUCGCAGAACCAUUGGACAUGCCACCUCGUGAAGACCUAGACUUUUUAGCAGCUGUGCUGAUCGACGAAGCAAAGCUCAUGCCAGAGUCUGAACUCAACGUUGCUAGUCACGCGAGUCUGUUGCGCUUUCUCUUCAAUCGCCUUUCUGGGAAGAGUGGGGGAAGUCCUACUUCGCGUGCAUCGUCUACGGCGUUGGAGGUUGCGCAGAGGGUUGGUUUGACGCAGAGUAUGUUUUGGGUGCAAAGGGUGCAGAUUGAGGUGGCGAGAAAUAAGGAUGUUGGAGGGUUUGAGGAGUUUGUGAGAGGGAAUUCGUACUUGACUUUUGAGGAUCUGCCGUUUGUGUAUUACUCGCCUCAGUUGUGGGAGAGUGCUGAGGCGAGGGGGGAUUAUGUGCCGCCUGAUAGACGGGCAGUUUCUAGCAUUGUCGCAGGGAAGAUGUGA